AUGAUCAGGGCCCCUCUUAGCCGUACUCUUUAUCAGCCCCUAUACCUUAAUACGUUAAGACAGACUCGUUCAAGGCUAUUUUCCAGCUCAAUGACCAGAUUAGGGGACGGGGAUUCAAAUCCGAUAGAUAAGGUUGAGAAACCUGACCCCAUAAAUCCACGAGUUAUUGGUAUUGCUAUGGAUAUGUUUAUUCCUUCAUCAUUCAGAAAUUAUCCAAAUGUGUUUCUGCAUCCUGCUAUCUGUCUUAACGCUCUCAUUAGAAGAGUGUACAAUUUUGGUUUAAAUACCAUCAAUGUCGGAUUAUUUAGGUAUCAAUCCGGUAUGAAGCCCAACUUUCUUCUUUGGAAGAACAAAGCCAUAGAACUUUAUAUAAAAGUUAACACUGCUUUUGCUGAAAAAAAAGUAAAUUCAGUGAAGGAUUGCACCUCAAUUUGGGUUGACGAGGCAUUACAGGCAAGAGUAAAGUCUUUACCAAAAAAUAUAUUACUUGAAUGGGAAUUGCUUAAAUUUAAUGAGGUCCCAAAAAUUGUGUCAGUUCAGCCAAUGAUGAUUCCAGGUAGGCCUCUGGAACAUAUUCAAUUGGUUUACAGGUUUAACACAAGACAGAGAUUGAUCAAAAUCGAUAAAUGUACAGAAAUGACAGAUACAGUAGAGAGAGACGUUAUUGACUAUAUUUCAUUCUUUUGUGAUGCAACAACUAACGAAAUGUAUAUAAUGGGAUCCCUAUUUGAAAGUAAACCUGAAGGGAAAUUACCAAAGAAGACUUAUUCAGAUGAUAAUAAAGAGGCUAUUAGGAAAAUGAGAAUUUGCGGUGAUCUUUAUAGGGUGGAACCAGUUGAUGGUAAGUCAACAUAA